GACGCCGACCCCGACCCCCGGAGCGCACGCGCCAGGGCGGCAGGUGUGCCAGGACAUCCAUCGCGUGGCAGAGGAGGCUGGAACGCGCGGCACCUGUCAGGAGGCGGGGCCCGUGCAGACCACGCCUCGGGCGAGAGACUCGGGGCCAGAGCAAACUGCACCUUAGCGGGAGAGCUGCGGGGUGCCCCUCAAAUUGGGGUGAAGUUGGGUCGCGAGCUGUCCUUCCCCCAUGGUGGUGGUUACCGUGGUUACAAGGAGGGGACUCUCUGCCCUGGGAAGGGAUGCCCUGGAGGAGAUGACAUGCAGGGAUCGAGGACUCGCGCGGGAAACCCCGCAUUCCAGCGGGACAAAUGAGCUCCAAGGUCUCCGAGUACAAGUGCUGGCUCUGCCCUAAAUUGCGGUGAGAGCUCAGGCGAGCCGCUGCUUCUUGCGGGACCCCAGUCCUCUGGAAGAAGCUACUGCGCCCGGCUGUGCAGGCCGUCGGCAGUGCGAGGCCUGAGCUCCCCAGCCUGCAGGAUGUGGGGCACCCCGGGGCUGCUGCUGGCCAUCGCGCUGCACCCAGCACUCGCCCUGGCGCCCCCCGCUCGGGACUACUGUGUGCUGGGCGCUGGGCCCGCGGGCCUGCAGAUGGCUUACUUCCUGCACCGGGCAGGGAGGGACUACACGGUGUUGGAACGCGCCCCGGGCCCGGGUAGCUUCUUCACACGCUACCCGCGGCACCGCAAGCUCAUCAGCAUCAACAAGCGGUACACGGGCAAGGCCAACGCCGAGUUCAAUCUCCGCCACGACUGGAACUCGCUGCUCAGCCACGACUCCCGGCUGCUCUUCCGGCACUACUCCACCGCCUACUUUCCCGACGCCGACGACAUGUUGCGCUACCUGGGCGACUUUGCUAGCCGCCUGAGGCUCCACGUGCAGUACAACACCACUAUUGUGCACGUCACCCUGGACAAGGACCCACGCGCCUGGAAUGGCCACUACUUCGUCCUGACCGACCACAAGCGCCAGACAUACCGGUGCAGAGUUCUAUUCGUGGCCACCGGCUUGUCGGUCCCCAACCAGGUGGACUUCCCCGGCUCAGAACACCUGGAGGGCUACGAGUCGGUUUCGGUGGACCCCGAGGACUUCGCCGGGCAGAAUGUGCUGAUCCUGGGCCGUGGGAAUGCAGCCUUCGAGACAGCUGAGAACAUCCUGGGGGUCACGAACUUCAUCCACAUGCUCAGCCGCUCUCGUGUGCGCCUCUCCUGGGCCACCCACUACGUCGGGGACCUCAGGGCCAUCAACAAUGGCCUGCUGGACACCUACCAACUGAAGUCCCUGGACGGGCUGCUGGAGUCGGACCUCACGGACCUGGCCAUCCUGAAGGACCACAACGGCAAGUUCCGCGUGACCCUGAGGUUCUUUGUGGAGGAAGCUGAUGCCAACGAGACUGCCGACUCCAUCACCCUCCCCCAGGAUGACAACGACAACUUCGCCAUGCGCGUUGCCUAUGACCGAGUCAUCCGAUGCCUGGGCUGGAACUUUGACUUCUCCAUUUUCAAUAAGUCCCUGAGAUUGUCCUCCGGGGGUGAGUUCAGCAAGAAGUACCCCCUGAUCAGAGCCAGCUAUGAGGCCAAAGGCAGCCGCGGGCUCUUCGUCCUGGGCACCGCCAGCCACUCUGUAGAUUACCGGAAGUCAGCCGGGGGCUUCAUCCAUGGGUUCCGGUACACAGCACGUGCUGUGCACCGACUCCUGGAGAAGCGCCACCACGGCGUGGCCUGGCCCGCCACCCAGCUCCCCAUCACACAGCUGACUAGCUCCCUGCUCCGGCGCAUGAAUGAGGCAUCUGGCCUGUACCAGAUGUUUGGGGUGCUGGCCGACGUCAUCCUGCUGACAGAGAAUGCCACAGCCUUCGAAUACCUGGAGGAGAUACCUGUGCAGAUGUUGGCGCAGCUGGAGAGCCUGACGGGCAGGCAGGCAAAGCAUGGGCUGUUCGUCAUCACCAUGGAGUACGGCAGGAACUUCUCCGGCCCCGAGAAGGAUGUCUUCUUCUACGACCGCUCCGUGGGCCACACGGAGGACGCCUGGCAGUCCAACUUCCUCCACCCCGUGGUCUACUACUACAGGCAUCUUCCCACUGAGCAAGAGGUGAGGUUCCGCCCUGCACAGUGGCCCCUGCCACGGCCCACAGCCAUCCACCACAUCGUGGAGGACUUCCUGACUGACUGGACAGCCCCCGUUGGCCAUGUCCUGCCCUUGAGGCGCUUCCUGGAGAACUGUUUGGACACGGAUCUCCGAAGUUUCUAUGCAGAGUCAUGUUUCCUGUUUGCCCUCACGCGCCAGAAGUUGCCGCCCUUUUGCCAGCAGGGGUACAUGAGAAAGCAGGGGCUCAUGGUCACUGAGAGCCUCCGGCGGAACGGAGUGGAGAGCGGGCUGCUGCGGGACUAUGCCACUUCCAGCCAGCACCUGAAGGACCGUGGUCAGCAGCCUGCCAACCCCGGGCCAGUAGGUCAUCCCUUGACCACAGGGACGCUGGUCCAAUCCCUUCACAGCAACAAGGAGGAGCUCUGACUGGCCCUUCCCUGGCCUUGGGCUCUGCAGCCAGGCCCACAGCCAACCUUUUUCCCCUCCACAGCUGCCUGCACCACCCACCAAGGUGUGAUGGCUGAAGACCACAUCCCACCUGCUGCACCUGCACCCAACAGCCUACAGGGCACGUAAGGGCUGAGGCGAGGCCAUGCAGCGGGCUCCCCUGCCUUCCCCAGCCCUGGGGGUAGGGGGAGGAAGGCACCUGUGCUAGGUGUGGGCUGCUUGCUUUCCACAGCCUGCACACCACCUGCUGAACUGGCACCAUGCAGCAGGCUGGCCUCCCUCCGUCCUGUGCCCUCCCAGGGCCUGCCCACUCCUCCCCUUCUCUCCAGAAGGCCUUGAUUCUGCUUGCAGCCUUUCACAGCUGGACACACCCUUCAUCACAAGAAUCGCUGGCAGGCCCUUGGAAAGCAAAGCUUCACCCAAGAUGGUCGUGGCGGGCAGGUGGCCAUCCCUCUGCUGGACUUGGCAGGGCCUGGACUAAGCUGUGGUGUCCAGGGGGCUGUGUAGCUGACCGUGGGGCCCGUGGCUGUCACACGGCCCUGACUGCAGUCUCCUCUCAGCAGCUUUCUCCCUGAGUGGUGGAGCUCAGAGCUGCCAUGUCCCCAGGAUCACACCUACCCGCCCCACACCACCUUGUCUGCAGCAUCUUGGGUUCCCUGCGCUUCUGCUGCAACCUGCCAGCCCUGGCCAGGCCUUGCGUCCCACCUGCUCCGCCCAGCACUCUGCACAGCUUUCCUGCUGCUUUUCCUCGGUGUGCGCUGGCCGCAGUGUGCACUGUCCAGGGGCAAGGAGACACGGGUGACCACAUGGACAGCGACGGUGAACCUGACCCCAGACCCUUGGCUCCCAGCAUGUCAGUGUCUCCUCUGAGGAGGCCAGGGGGAAGCACUUCUAUACGCAAGAUGGUCAGAGCCACUGAUUUCCCGGGACCCUGGGUGAAAGGCGACUGCUACCCCCUGGCUCUUCCUUUUAUCUGCUGGGAACUCUCCACACAAAGGCAGGCUUCCUGGGCCCCACACUCUACUGGGAGCAC